ACCUGCUUCGACACUCCAUUAGCUUUCCGUACUCUUCUUUCUUUUUCUUUCUACACAUCAUCGCCCUCUCUCACCAUGUCCGCAAUCCUCUCCACUAUCUCGAAGAUCGCCAUCCCUGUCGGAGCUGCUGUCUCCUUCUUGCAGUACUCUAUGUACGAUGGUACGUAUUUCCGGAUCAGGCGCCACUAAACUUCCGGCUGGCUAUUUCGGAUCAGAUUCCAAGACGGGGACGGAUCAAACGGACAGCCCGUCGAGGGCUCGGGAUCGAGUGAGAACCUCAGCACAGCGUAGCGUGCCAAAUGACAGUGAUUAUGGUCAUAAAGACUUUGUGGCAGGUUCCGGGAGAAUAACAAGUACCACUUGCCUGAAGCAUCGACCUUCGACUGUUUCUUUUUGUUCCGAAGCAGGAAUCGCUCUCCCAGCGAGUGAUCAGAGUGCACAGUCGCGGGUUUCUUUCGGCAUCUCGCCCUUUGGGGUCAAGAACCGACUGAAGGCUUUGCUUCAAGAGCAUUGAUGUCUUGGUUCACACAGCCGCGUGGAUACCGGCGGCAGAUAACGGGCAGCGCUACCGAUUUCAAACACACUUACAGGGGCUGCUGUCAACCAUCGAAAGCCAGCCGCGACCCAUCUCGUGAAGCUUGUCUUCAUAUCGCGUUUCUCUUUGACCACAUCGCUAACCGGCAAGCCCUCUAUCUCGCUAUAUACACAAUCACAGUCCAGGGAGGUCACCGCGCCGUCAUUUUCGACAGAUUGGAGGGA